CAGGCGCUUCCUGUUCUGUCGGAGAGUUUGUGCUAGCUAAGUGAACCGGUUCGGUCAUGUUUCGGGGUGUUGUGGGUCGCCUGCUGACACAGACAGUUGGUGUUCACCGCAGUGUGAAGUGUGCUCCUCCGGCAGCUUCCUCCGUGUCCGCGCGGAGUUUUGCGGACGUGAAGGACGAAGCGCAGCCGCCCUUUGACGCCGCCCUCCUGGACUUCCUGGUGUGUCCGCUGUCCAAGAAGCCGCUCAGGUACGAGGCCAAGACCAAUGAGCUGAUCAACGAGGAGCUUGGCAUCGCGUACCCCAUCCUCGACGGCAUCCCCAACAUGAUCCCUCAGGAAGCCAGACUCCUACACAAAGACGCAGAUACCUCAACCAAACCUACAGAAGAAUAG